AUGGUAAAUGUAGAGGGAGACCGGGUUCAUUCGACCUCUGAUCAGUCCGGUUACAGAUUAGCAGCCAGCAACAUGUCAUGCACUAGUCGACGACAAAGUCCGUGGUUAGGAUAUACAGAACUAUCUCUUCAGAAUGGAUGCCUAACCCGGAGGGUCCCAAAUAGACUGAUCAACGAACGAUUGAGACAGUUAGCAGCUGGAAUGCUUUCCCUUAACCGGUGGGAAUUCACUGCCUCCUAUUCAGUCUUGAACGCCAAGAAAGUAGCUCAGUUCGUUCGUACCAACAUCCUUUGUCGGUACGGGACACCCUUUGAGAUCAUCACAGAUAAUGGAUCUCACUUUCAGAGUGAAUUUUUGGAGCUACUAAAGCAGAGGAAGAUUCAGCACCACAAGUCCUCGCCCUAUCGCCCGCAAAUGAACGGGGCAGUGGAGGCUGCAAAUAAGGCUAUAAAGGUCAUUUUGCAGAAGACAGUUCAGAAGCAUAGAGCUUGGCACGAACAAUUAUCAAAUGCCUUAUGGGGAUACAGGACUUCAACAUCAGAAACCCUACUGGGGCAACCCCGACUCCUAGUGUAUGCGAAUGGAGCAGUAUUGCCUAUCGAGCUGGAAGUUCAAGUCGGCAAGAAUUAA